AUGGUUCAUCUGAUUUACAUUCAGAAAAGACCAGCGCAGACGCCUCCGUUCUGCUAUUUGAAUUUUUUUUUUCAUCGUGUCAAACAAACUCCUCAGCACUCACCGUUUUCCCCAUCCCCUCCUAUUAUUCUUAUUCUUUUGAGUAUUCUUCAUUGUCAAGCCGCCAAAGUGGAGAGUGUGAUUGCAGAAGGGGGUGCUUCUCGUUUCAGUGCUUCAUCGGGGGGAGGAGGUGGUAGGGGUGCACCUCAGCACUAUCCCAAGACUGUCGGCAACAGCGAGUUCCUGGGGAAAACCCCAGGGCAAAGCGUUCAAAGAUGGGUUCCUUCACGAAGCACUAGACGAGAUGUCAACUCCAGCAAUGAAAAAGAGCGACACGAUGCAAUCUUCAGGAAAGUGAGGGGCAUACUCAACAAACUCACGCCUGAGAAGUUUGACAAGCUAUGCCUUGAGCUCCUGAACGUGGGCGUAGAUUCAAAACUCGUCCUUAAAGGAAUCAUCUUGCUGAUUGUAGACAAAGCCCUAGAAGAGCCGAAGUAUAGCUCGCUCUAUGCUCAGCUAUGUCUGCGCUUGGCAGAGGACGCACCAAACUUUGAUGGCCCUUCAUCUGAGAUCCAAACAUCCCAAAAGCAGAGCACAACCUUCAGAAGACUGCUGAUUUCCAAGCUUCAAGAUGAAUUUGAAAACCGCACCAGAAAUGUUGAAAUCUAUGACAAACAUGACAACCCUCUUACUUCUGAGGAGGAGGAGCAGCGUGCCAUUGCCAAGAUCAAGAUGCUUGGCAACAUUAAAUUCAUCGGGGAACUUGGCAAACUUGACCUCAUCCAUGAAUCUAUCCUUCAUAAGUGCAUCAAAACACUUCUGGAAAAGAAGAAGAGAGUCCAGCUCAAAGAUAUGGGGGAGGAUCUGGAGUGCCUCUGUCAGAUAAUGAGAACAGUGGGGCCGAGACUCGACCAUGAGAAAGCGAAGUCUUUAAUGGAUCAGUACUUUGGCCGUAUGCGAUCCUUAAUGAACAACAAGGAGUUGCCUGCCAGGAUCCGCUUCCUGCUGCAAGACACAGUGGAACUGCGAGAAAACAACUGGGUCCCCCGCAAGGCUUUCAUUGAUAAUGGACCAAAGACAAUUAACCAGAUCCGUCAGGAUGCAGUGAAAGAUUUGGGCGUUUUCAUUCCAGCACCCAUGUCUCAGGGGAUUAGGAUGGAUUUCUUCCUGGAAAGCCCCUUCAUGCCCAACAGAAUGAAACUGGACAGGGAGACUCUCGGGGGAUUGGCUGACAUGUUUGGACAGAUGCCAGGCAGCGGGAUUGGAACUGGCCCAGGGGUUAUUCAGGAUAGGUACUCGCCCACAAUGGGUCGCCAUCGCACCAACCCGCUCUUCAACGGCCACUGUGGCCACAUUGCUCCUCAGCCACAGUCACAGUUUGACAUGGGGCCCAAGUCUUUUGUUAAGUCCAACCAGGUUCAGAACCAGCAUUUCCUGAACCAGAACCAGAACCACAUGGCCCAGCAGCAGGUCCAGUCCAAGGACAUGCCUCCGCGAUUCAGCAAGAAAGGACAGCUCAAUGCAGAUGAGGUAACUAGAGGUACUGGUAGUUGGAUUACAGGGCUGGGACAAAACCCUCACAGCAGUUUGUUCAGGUUGUUCUGUGUACCCAAACUCCAGCCCCAGAUCCCCACCAUGAUGCCUCCCAGCGCCCAGCCCCCACGCACUCAAACCCCCCCUCUGGGACAGCCUCCACAGCUUGGCCUGAAGACCAACCCUCCACCGAUCCAAGAGAAACCUCAGAAGACAAGCAAGAAGCCACCUCCUGCCAAGGAGGAACUGCUUAAGAUGACGGAGGCGAUUAUGAUUGAGUACUUGAACAGUAGGAACCUCACUGAGGCCGUGAGUGGCGUGCGAGAGAUGAAGGCUCCCAAGCAUUUUCUUCCAGAGAUGCUCAGCAAGAUCAUCGUGUGUUCCCUGGACCGUCCCAAUGAGGACAAGGAGCACGCCAGCACUCUGAUCCACACGCUCCGCAGUGAGGGCCUCAUCACUGGAGAGAACUUCAUGCAGGCUUUCCUCAACGUUCUGGACCAGUGCCCUAAGAUUGAGGUGGACGUGCCCCUGGUGAAGUCCUACCUGGCCCAGUUUGCAGCUCGUGCCGUCAUCGCAGAGCUGGUGAGUGUGGCGGAGCUGGCUCACCCCCUGGAGAACGGCACCCACUUCCCCCUCUUCCUGCUCUGCCUGCAACAGACGGCCAAGCUGAAGGACAGAGAGUGGCUCACCGAUCUCUUCCAACAGAGCAAGGUCAACAUGCAGAAGAUGCUCCCAGAAAUCGAUCAGAACAAGGACCGCAUGCUGGAGAUCCUGGAGGGGAAGGGCCUGAGCUUCCUGUUUCCACUGCUGAAGCUGGAGAAGGAGCUGCUGAAGCAGAUAAAGGCAGAUCCCUCUCCACAGUCCAUCUACAAGUGGAUCAAAGACAACAUCUCUCCCAAGCUUCACACUGAUAAAGGCUUUGUCAACAUUCUCAUGACAAGCUUCCUGCAGUACAUCUCCCAGGAGCUGUGCAUGGCAGAGGGUGACGAGCAGCUGGCGGCCCCCUCCAAAGAGCAGCUGGAGCAGGAGAAACAGCUGCUGCUGGCCUUCAAGCCCGUCAUGCAGAAGUUCCUGCACGACCAUACCGAGCUGCAGGUCAGCGCCCUGUACGCCCUGCAGGUGCAUUGCAACGUCAGCAGGUUUCCUAAAGGCAUGCUGCUGCGCUACUUUGUCAACUUCUACGACAUGGAGAUCAUUGAAGAAGAAGCCUUCCUUGCGUGGAAAGAAGACAUUACCCAAGAAUUCCCUGGAAAAGGAAAAGCUUUAUUCCAGGUAAACCAGUGGCUCACCUGGCUGGAGACGGCGGAGGAGGAGGAGUCUGAGGAGGAAGCAGACUGAGAAACCAAUCAGAAGCAUUGUGGUGUAGAAGAUCGACCUUAUUGUAUUACACUCACCUUUCCUUUAUUAAACUCUGUGCUUAAUUUAACCACUACCAUGUGGCACUCAGCUGCUUCUGUCGCUGAUAUAAACCGAAAGCUUGCACCUGUAGGGCCUCGCGUUACCACCGUGACAAUAGGCCGAGAAGCAUCAUUUAUCUGUUGCCUAAUGGAUGUUUGAAUUUUGGGUUGUGUCCUACAUCAGCUCCAUGAAUUCUGAAGUGACUCAGCCAUGGGUCUUUGUUUUGGGCUCUGUGUUGGGUUUGUAGCUCUUUUCACUGUAUUGCAUGCUUUUCAUUUCCACUCAGUCUUUACUGAUUUGAGCCUUCCCAGUAGGAAACUGCUUUGAGAAUGUGUAGGAUUCCCCAUAAAGAGGAGAAGUUAGUGGUGAUCUUUGCUAAUGUUAGUUAAAAGCAUAAAGCUGUUAAUGGGAGGUCUUGUCAGUGAUCUGCUUUGUGAUCUUCUGCGGGGGCCCCGCCUGGAUCCCCCUCCAUCAGCACAAGGGAUUUUAAAAUCACCCAACAGGCUGCAGACUGAUUAUUUUGGAAAUCUUCAACACUGCGAGUAUGAUGAAUAUCAAAACGGCCCCCUUAGGUCAGAGUGAAUCCUAAGAUGGCAGAACAUUUCAUGAUGAAUUAAGGUGCAUGUUUAGUAAACAGACGCUUGAUAAAACAGUUUUCGCUUUUUCUUUUUUAAAUAAAAGUGCUCUUCAUAUUUGUUGAUGAGCAUCUUCCUUUGUUUCUCCCUCACCAGGAGAUUCACCCCCAUAUCUGUUAUGCUUCUUGUCUUUGAUUACGAGUGGUUGCAAUACUCAUCCUCCAAAUGUUACGAUAUUUUUAAAAAACUGUAAUCAUUGGUAUGCCGCUGUAAUGUUUCAGAGUUGCCUGUGUUUCUACCUCUUAGUUAGAUGGGCUUUGGUUUGGGUUUUUUGUGCUGGGAUAAUAAUGUCUACUAAGAAGAACCUGGAGCCCAAGCAGAUGCUCAAGUGUUUGAUUUGGUCCUGGCCUAAUUGCACAAUAAAUGUAUUGAAACAGAUGUUUCUUACGAAGCUUCA